GUUGUUGCUAGAAGGGAUAAAGCCACAGCAGUGGUGCGAUACCUCGCCAUAAAAUUACCAUAAAUUGUUUUAGAUAACGCAUAAACCAACCCUAAACCUUACCCUAGAAUAGUAAUAAAAUAAUAAUCAACUGAUUUCAGCGUGACAAAAAUUACGCGUUAUUGAAGUGCGCAUGCCGAGUGGAGGUAACGAUUCGACGGUUUCGCUUUUACACCCGCGUCUGUAAGGAAAUCAUAUACACAAUUAAAUAAACAUGAAAGUAAACUUCAUUAAGACAAUAUUACAUUGUUUCAUGGAUUUAUAAUAUUUCGCACCAUGAUCAUCAGCUGCUGCUACAUCUAUGCACUGCUGGUAAACAUCUGGACUACUGAUAAAGUAUAUUCACAGGUGACAAUUGAUGGGGUUGUUGGAGGUUCUGUUCUCUUGCCAUGUGCUUCAAAUACACAUGAGCACAACCUUCAAGACAUCGAUGUGCUUUGGAGACACAAUGCCAGUAUGAACGUGUUUACUAUACUUAAAGGUAAAGGUUCAGUGGAGCAUCAGGAACCAAAGUACAGGAACAAAACAGAAUUUUUUCCUGAUAAGUUUUUGAAAGGAAUCUUCUCCAUACAACUCAACAAGCUUAUCCACACUGAUGCUGGAGAAUAUGAAUGUUACAUUUUACAUUCAGGAGAAUAUGUGAAAGUCUGGCUGCUCAUUAAUGGUAGGUAGCCUGAGUACACUUUUUUUCAUGUUAUUAUGAAAUAAUAAUUGUUGUAAAUGGCAGGCAUAACUAUAGCACGAGUUGGUGCUUUAAAACAACCUAUUGUAAACAAAGCAUUAAACACAAACUAAUGGUGAAAGAUAAAUGAAUGGCAUAUGCAGAAAUACCAGAAUGUGUUUGCAUUUAAUGUUUUCUCUCAUUUCAGCGUAUUCACAGGUCACAGUUGACGGGGUUAUUGGAGGUUCUGUUUUCUUGCAUGUGCUUCAAAUAUAAAUGAGUACAAACUUCAAGACGUUGAUGUUCAUUGGAGACAUAAUGCCAGCAUGCAUGUCUAUGAUAUACUUAAAGGUAAAGGGUCAGUGGAGCAUCAGGAAGAAAGGUUCAAGAACAAAACAGACAUUUUUCCUGAUGGGUUUGUAAGAGGAAUCUUCUCCCUCCAACUCAACAAACUUGAACACUCUGAUGCCGGAGAAUAUGAAUGUUACAUCGUACAUUCAGGAGAACAUGUGAAUGUCCAGCUGCUUAUUAAUGGUGAGUAAAAACUAGGAAUGGGACUCAAUACUAUCCCGAUACUUGUGUGGCGAUUCAUUACAUAUUGCGAUAAUGAGAAUUGCGAUUCUAUUGCGAUAACUAUUGCGAUUCGAUAUUACAAUUUAUCACUUAUGAUUUUUGAUUUCCACACUUGGGAUUUAAACAUGGCUCUAGACUAACAUUUGAGAUGGAUGGCACUGAUGGCAUCAGCCCUUAACUUUAUAGCACAUUUUUAACAAAUUAAAUAAUUGAAUGCUACAUUUUUCUUUAUUUGUUGUAAACAACAGAAGAGCACAAUUCCUCUGAGCUCUAAAGACUUUUUGUAGCCAGGACCUGUAAUUUGGUUUAUCUUGGCCCCUUGAACCUAUUCUAAUGAGAUCAUCUAACAUGUCUUGUUUGAGACAGGUCCUCACAUCACACACAGGGCUCAACAAUAAGGAUUCUUUUCUAAUAUAAAGCAAAUAUACAAUAAUAAUCAGUGCUUCUCAGGUGUCUCAGGCUGGUCUAACAGUAGUUAUCAGGUACAGAAAUUGGAAAAAAUAAUCAAAUGUAAAAUAACACUUCAUACUCUUCACUUUACAAAUAAAACAUAGAUUAAACCUUAUUAAAUUUACAGAGGUGAAUCAGUCAGAAGUGA